UCAAGAGGAAUUGACCCCUCAUUCAACCCACCCCGCUAUAAUAAACAAACCCGUAGCACCCAGGGGCAUCGCCAACCCGGCCAAAUUUCAACUCAAGUGAACUCCAGGCACUUCCACUAACAACGAGACUCAUCCAUACAAAAUGGCUCCUCUCGAAGUCGGCUCCCCUUUCCCUGAGGGUGUGACCUUCUCGUACAUCCACCCCACGGGCAGCCUCGACCUCACUUCUUGCGGCCUGCCCACCAAGUUUGAGGCCAGCAAGGAGUUCCAAAACAAGAAGGCGGUCCUGGUCGCCGUCCCCGGCGCCUUCACGCCUACCUGCCAGGAGCAGCACAUCACGUCGUACAUUGCCAAUCUGGAGAAGCUCCGGGCCAAGGGCGUCGACAGCAUCGUCUUCAUCGCGUCCAACGACGCCUUCGUCAUGUCGGCCUGGGGCAAGGCCAACGGCAUCAAGGACGAGUCCAUCCUCUUCGCCUCCGACGAUGGCGCCGCGUUCAGCAAGAGCAUCGGCUGGGCGUCCGGGGACAGGACUGGGCGGUACGCUGUUGUGAUCGACCACGGCAAGGUGGUCUAUGCCGCGAUCGAUACCCAGCGGGGAAGCAUUGAGAACUCUGGGGCCGAGGCCGUUUUGGCCAAGCUUUGAACGGGGGAAAAACAGAAACAA